UGCGCCACAGGUGGCGCUGCCUCUUGCUGCUGUACCGUGUGAGGCAUCAUGGAAGAAGAAGCCACAACAAUAACACGCAGCUAGCUGCGCUAAAAUCCGUCAAACGUUCCGUUUUUAAUGCUUUAGGUCAGAUUUUUUUUUAAGGAACUGUUGGUCCACUGGAAGCGCCGGUACGUCUUUCUGUCAGAAAUGAGCCUUUUGGAGGUCAGAAGCUAACUUAAGUGUAAUUUUUUUCCAGGCCUUUUGCGGAUUUUCGGUGAAUGUUACGCAGAAAUGGAGAGUUUAUACAAACGCAAAAUGUUCGCGUCGAUGCGGAAAACCAAAGUGGCCGCAUCGAAGCGACAAAUCGGCCUCCCGGCCUCCAUCCUGGACGAUAGCGACGAAGGCUCCUUCUCCUCCUCCUCUUCCUCCGGGUCCCUGUCGGAGUUUCGCAGCUCGCCGGAGGAGAGCGAGCAGGAGGACGACCGGAGCUCCGCCGCCUCCUCCAGCGACGACAGCCGCUCGGUCACUCGCAGAAAGCGCUCCUUCCUGGGAGGCGCGGACAGCUCCUCCUCCUCCUCCUCUUCUAGCCCUGAGGAAGCUCAAGAGGAGCAGAGGAGCCAGCCCAAAAGGAUGGUCCAACCCAGGAAGAGGAGCAGACUGCAGCCGCAGGAGGAAUCCGACUCCGACCGUACAGAGGACAAACGGAGAGAGGAGGCGGAGAAGGAGAAGAGGAGGCAGAGACACAACAAGCUGCUGGCGCUGUCCAAGAGGAUCAAGACCCGGAUCCCAAACCGCAGGAGGAGCCGAAUCAAGCAGGACACCGACAGCAAGGAAGAGUCUAAAGAUGGUGAAGACAAUGAUGGAGGAGAAAAUAGCAGCAAGAAGGAGGACACGGCAGGAAGCCAUGAAGGAGAAAAAGAGGAGAAGUAGACAUCUGGGGUUAACAGAAUCCGUUAUCCUCCUUCAACCUUUAAUCUCCCAAAAACUAGAACUUGUUUUUAAGGUCUCAUAUCGGAGAAGUGGACCCACACCACACUGGAACUCCAGUACUGUUUGUGGCACCCAGAAAUGCACAAAGACCUUGUGCUAAUCUGGAAGUGGCUGCACACAAUUUCAGAAGUUUGCUCAUAUCAGAAGCAUUGUUCAAAUUUUAAGACUUUUUGUGUAUUUCAGUGAACUUAAACCUGAAACCAUUUACAAGACAUUGGUUCUAAUUCCAGAACCAUUUUGCACCGUUCUGGAAGUGACAUCAGCUUCAAAAGGACAAACAAGUUAGAAUUUGGUCCACAUGCAACAUUUAGAGGUUUUGAAUUUUUUUUCUGCAGGUCUUGAUGGGCUGGUUGCCAUAGGAACUUCCACUGGGGUCAUGGGUAAUGUAUUGUUGUUAUGUGAUGAGACUAAAGUCAGCCAAAUACUGCACAGUGAUACGGCACAAUAGUGCUACAUCAAAGUAACACAGUAGUGUAUUGCACAAGAACAACAGAAGACAGUUUUGAGGUUACGGUGUGCACCCCUCUCGAUGCAGGAAGGAAGGAGCAAGAGCUGCAGAGGUUGUUAAAUUAGAACAAGGCCACGUCUUAUUGAGCAGUCAAAAUGCUCCUGCGUGUGCACCAGAUACAAUUAUUACUCACGUUUAAUUACUUAAUGUGUGCUAUAUAGUUAUCAGGUUUACUGGUAGAAACGCUCAUCAUCCCAUGAUAUUAAUGUUGAUGAAGUGUUUACAUACAUGCUGCAUGUGGGAAGUUCACAUAGAACAAACACAUGCAAAGAUGGAGGUCAAAGCUUAGUGGAAGAGAGAACACUGACCAUAAACUACAUGGAGAUACUAUGUGAUACUGCAGUGUUAUAAACACACAGAUGUGAUGCACAAUCACAGAAUCAAUCAUAUAUAUAUAUAUAUAUAUAUAUAUAUACACACACACCUAAAAUAAGGCCACGGUUUGCAAUGCUCUAAAUGUCAGUGUGUGCACAAGAAAGUUUACUUUAACAGUUUGAUGAAUGAUUUCCAACAUUUGAUUUGUUGGUGCUGAAUUAAGAGUGACAGUAAGUGAGAGAUGUUACAUGUUUACAUUGGUAACACAGAAAUACCUUUACUGAGCACAGAAUACAACCCCAAAUCAGAAAAAGUUGGGGCACCUAAGCAAUGCUGCUGUUAACAAAAAAAAAUGUUUUGGCUUUGAGGAUAUCAAGCAGUGAAGCUUCUUGGGUGUUACAGGAAGUGCAUCUGGUGUAAAACUUGUGCCAAAUCAACAUGCAGAUCUCUAUCGGAGGCAGACUAGUCCAGUACCUGUACCCUCUGCUUUUGCAGCCAUGUCUCUCGAGACAGGUCAGGACUGCAGGCAGGCCAGUUCAGUACCCAUACCGCCUGCUUUUGCAGCCAUGCCUUUCUAAUAUGUGCAUAAUAUAGUUUUGCUUUGUCUUGUUGAAAAAUGCAGUCGACACUGCUUCUGGACAAGGUUAACAUAAGGCUUCUUUUUUGGACAGUAAAGCUUUAAGUGCCAUCUGUGAAUGUAACUGUAUUAUAGUGUUUGAUAAAGGUUUUCCAAAGUGAUCCCUUGCCCAUGUGGUUAUAUCAGUUAUUGAUGAAUGAUUGUUCUUGAUGCAUUGUCGUCUGAGGGAUCAGAGAUCAUGGGCGUUUAUCUUAGACUUCAGCCCUUGCCCUUACACACUGAACUUCCUCCAGAUUCUUUGAAUCCUUUAAUAAUAUUCUGCACUGUAGAGGCAGAAAUAUGCAAAUUCUUUCCCAUAUUUCUUUGAGGAACAUUGUUUUUAAGCACUUAAUAAUUUUCUCACACAUUUAUUGAAAACUGGAGAUCCUCUGCCCAUCUUUGCUCCUGAGACUCAGCCUUUUAUGGAUCCUGCUUUUGUACCUAAUCAUGAUCACAAUCAUCUGUUUGAAAUGUCAUUAUUUAGUUUUUAAUUACCUCAUUACUAGCGCCAAGUUGCCCUCAUCCCAACCUUUGUCUUUUUUUUUCUUGGAGUGUUUCAGGCAUUAAAUGCAGGAAUGGAUUCGUGUGAACAAAUGCAAAGAAAUGAAGUUGAUCAGACAUGAAAAUAUCUUGAGUUUAUACUGUGUGCCAUGAAAUAAACGUCAACAUCUACCAACCCCCCUCCCCCCCCCUUUCCAUUUUCCAUACCAUCCAAACUUUUUCUGAUUUGGGGAUGUAGAUUUUGUUUCUCACACAUUUAUUAUGGAUAUCUGGUGGAUUUCCAAUAUUGCGUGUGUGUGUGUGUGAGCCUCUCUGACUGUAAUAAUAUAUACAACACCAUGCACUUUGCAGAAUGGUGUAAAGUCACAUCACAGGAUUUCUCAAGUUGCUGCUGCUGUAUGGCGUUGCAAACUCAUACACACUCGUCACACAGAGACUUCGUAAACGGUGUAAUACAACCUGUGUUUCUCUUCAAACCUGGCAUAAAACUGCAUCAUGCAUGUCUGGUUUACGACAGUUUUCCUGUCCUCUGUUUCAUUGGAAAAAAGAGAAAGUGUUUGGGAUCAUGUGACCUAAUGUAUUUGUGAUGAAGUCACUGCUGUCUGAUUAGCUCACGGUGUUUAUUUCUUCAGACUGACAUUUGAGGGAAAAUUUGUGUUUUUGGCAAUGUUUUAAGACCCCUGUGUCUGAAAGUGUUUUUGAUUUUCUAAUAAGUCAGCAGUCAGAUGAAAAAAAGGUGUUCUGAAUGUUUUUCUUCAAGAAAAGAGAUCACUGAAGUUUACUUAAAAAAAGAAAACAUUUGAGAAAAUGUCUUCUGUAAAUGUGAGUGAAGAAAUUCUGUGGAUGUAAAGUAUAAACAGCUUUCUAAU